AGUUGGUAAGCUUAUAUAAGGGAGAGAGGAUGUUUAGGUUUUCCUUCUGAGAGGAGAGGAAUUAAAGAGAGUCGAUGGAAGAACAUCUCAGCCCAUUAGCUGUUACUCAUCUCCUUCAACACACCCUACGAAGUUUGUGCAUUCAUGAAAAUUCUCAGUGGGUCUAUGCUGUCUUCUGGAGGAUCCUACCCAGAAAUUACCCCCCACCCAAAUGGGAUGGUCAAGGAGCUUAUGACAGGUCAAGAGGAAACAGGAGAAACUGGAUACUGGUUUGGGAAGACGGGUUCUGCAACUUCGCUGCGUCGUCAUCAGCAGCUGAUCAGAUAAAUUCGGGGGAUUGUCCAGCUGGCUCAUCUGUUCACGGGAACUGUGAGUUUCAACACUACCAAGGGCUGCAACCGGAGCUCUUUUUCAAGAUGUCCCAUGAGAUCUACAACUAUGGAGAAGGUUUGAUAGGAAAAGUGGCUGCAGAUCAUAGCCAUAAGUGGAUAUACAAAGAACCAAAUGACCAAGAAAUCAACUUCUUGUCAGCAUGGCACAACUCCGCCGACUCACACCCCAGGACAUGGGAAGCCCAGUUCCAGUCUGGUAUAAAGACCAUAGCCCUGAUUGCAGUUAGAGAAGGUGUGGUUCAGUUAGGAGCCAUUCACAAGGUGAUUGAAGACCUGAACUACGUUGUUCCACUAAGAAAGAAAUUCAGCUACAUUGAAAGCAUCCCGGGCGUGCUUUUACCCCACCCGUCCUCCUCCGCAUACCCGUUCAAAGUUGAUGGAUACGGAAGCCCAGACGCGUGGCAUUUCCAAGGCAGUCUUGCACCCCCGCAAGCCGAUCAAUUCUAUGAGCAAUACAACCAACCUUUGAGAGUAACACCUUCCAUGAGCAGCCUUGAAGCGCUUCUCUCGAAGCUUCCAUCAGUUGUGCCGCCCACCACACCGCCACAAUCACAGUUCAUGUCAUCUCAGAGGGCGUUUGAAUUUAUGGGAAUGGAAAAAGUGGCCAAGGAGGAAACUGAUCAUGAUCAUCAGGAUCAGGUAUAUAGGCCUACUGUACACGAUGUGGGUGAGACCAGUAGCUCCAUGUCGGCCUACUAUCGUCAUCAUCAACAUCAUUUCCAUCAGAACCAAGAUCAUGGUCAGAAUGUAACUAGCAGCGGACCCAACAAUAAUGGAUUUUAAUUGACACAUUAGGUGUUACUAGCUAGCUCUAGUUGAUUUUAUUAGAUUAAUUAUUAUAUAGGCCAGGAAUCAGGCGCUUUGAUUUCUAACCUUUUAGUUUCAGUAUUGUCUUCAUUGGGUGUAUCUCCUAGGCCAGGCUAGGCUAGGCUAGGCUUAGCUUUCCUAGUCUGAUCGAUGUAGUUCCAAGAAUCCUCCAUCCACUUCUCGUAUACGAGCAUUACCUUGUUUUUUA